GGGCGCCGCCAGCCUUCCUGUCAAGGGCCGAGACGAUGGCUACGUGAUGGCUUCCCGGGGCCCGUGAGGCGGAGGAGGGGGAGGAGAAUGAGGAGAAUGAGGAGAGGGCCACCCGCCGCAGGGUAGUAUCACCCGCCGAGGCGGUGCCGGGCUUCUCUUGCACUGCAGAGAAGAAACCACCGUGGGAUAAUGUCACCUCCCCACUACUAAUGCAUUGUUUCAUUAAGCUAAUGUUCUUGGACAACAUGCUGUUAUUCUAUUGCUGAGAUUUUUACCUUCUAGAGGCGAUAAAACCACCAUCAUGGCAUCGAUUGAUGACCCUGGGGAAGUGAGGGAGGGCUUCCUCUGCCCCCUGUGCCUGAAGGAUCUGCAGUCUUUUUAUCAGCUUCACUCUCACUAUGAAGAGGAGCAUUCCACUGAGGACAGAGAUGUCAAAGGGCAGAUAAAAAGUCUGGUCCAGAAGGCUAAGAAAGCAAAGAAUAAAUUGCUGAAACGGGAUGGAGAUGACCGAACGGAAUCUGGGACCCAGGGAUACGAGUCUUUCAGCUAUGGAGGGGUGGAUCCGUACAUGUGGGAACCUCAGGAACUUGGUGCUGUGAGAAGCCAUCUUUCCGACUUUAAAAAACACCGAGCUGCCAGAAUCGACCACUAUGUUGUUGAAGUCAAUAAAUUAAUAAUCAGGUUAGAGAAGCUUACGGCAUUUGACAGAACAAAUACUGAGGCUGCUAAAAUAAGAGCAAUAGAAAAGUCUGUUGUGCCUUGGGUCAGCGAUCAGGAUGUUCCCUUCUGUCCAGACUGUGGAAAUAAGUUCAGCAUUCGCAAUCGCCGUCACCACUGCCGCCUUUGUGGAUCAAUCAUGUGCAAGAGGUGUAUGGAGCUCGUCAGUCUUCCCUUGGCAAGCAAGCUCACCAGUGCUAGCAAAGAGGCCUUGACCUCUCAUACCAGUCCCAACCAAUCCCCUAACAGUGUCCAUGGCUCCCGGCGGGGCAGCAUCAGUAGUGUGAGCAGUGUGAGCUCUGUAUUGGAUGAGAAGGAUGAUGACCGAAUUCGCUGCUGUGGACACUGUAAAGAAACCCUGCUUAAGAGAGAGCAUCAGAUUGAUGAGAAGGAAUACAUUCCUGACAUUGUGAAAUUUUAUGAGAAACUACGGUAUUAUAUGGAAACCGUUGAACAGAAAGCCCCUGAAUAUAUUAGGAUGGCAGCAUCUUUAAAUGCUGGAGAGACGUCCUACAACCUGGAACAUGCUAAUAAUCUCAGAGUAGAAGUGCAGAAAGUAUAUGAGUUAAUAGAUGCUUUAAGUAAGAAGAUUUUAACUCUAGGCUUGAACCAGAAUCCUCAGCCACAUCCAAAAGCUUUGCAGCUUCAGAGAAUGAUAAGAUACUCAGCUACACUCUUUGUACAGGAAAAGCUGCUUGGUCUCAUGUCCCUACCAACUCAAAAGCAGUAUGAAGAAUUGAAGGAGAAAAGUAAACAAGACAUGGAAAAAAGGAUGCAAAUGGAGAGACAGGGCGCCCUGGAUUCUCAUAGAAGAGCGGAUGAGAGGCAGAAAGACUUGGUGAUUAGAGCUACGGCCAAUGGUGAAGAGGUCCAGACCAGAGAAAACACCGUAAGGAAGUCAGAAGGCUGGCUCCCCACAUCCAGCGGGCCCCGCCAAAGCGAGCUUUCUGAUCCCCUCCUCCAACAGAUCGACAACAUAACGUCCUUCAUUAAGCAGGCAAAGGCGGCUAAUCGACUGGAUGAAGUCCGCAUGCUACGAGAGAAUCUGCGCCAGCUCCAAGAUGAGUAUGACCAGCAGCAAACAGAGAAGGCCAUUGAACUGUCCAAGAGACAGGCCGAGGAAGAGGAUAUGCAGCGGGAGCAGCUCCAAGUGUUGAGGGAGAAGGAAUGGGAAAGGGAACGGCGGCAAGCAGAAUUUCAGCACUCACAGACUUGCUCCGAGGCCAGAGAGAUCAAGCCGUUUCAGCUAGAGGCUGGGAAAGAUCGCUGGAGUCAGCUAGAACAAGCUUUGGACCUGGAUGCCCCUCAGCCUUCCCAGCUCCCUUCUCCAAGUGCGAUCCAGGAAUCCAUCUUUGACGUUCCCCAGCAGAGCACUGGAUUGCAACAGAAUGAGGUGGUUGCCUGGAACCCCUUUGAGGAAGAGGAGGCCUCCAAGGAGGGAGAGAAAGACCCCUUUAAUCCAUUUGCCGAAGACCUGUCUCCCAGGGCUUCCUCACCCUGCCCAGUCCUCCCUGGCGGGAAGAAAGAAUAUAAUCCCUUCGAAGAUGAGGAUGAGGAAACAGCAAAUAAUGGAAUCGUAUCUGCUUCUAAUCCCUUUGAGGAGGGUGAAUGUUUACCUCGGAAGCCUUCGGGCCCUCAGAGUCCCGGCAACCCAUUUGAGAAAUUGGCUUCUACCAAUCCUUUUGAUGUGGAUGACGAAAAUGGGGUGGAGACCGAGGAGCUCAUAGAAGAGGAUCUGCUUCUCCAGCAAAUCGACAACAUCAAGGCCUACAUCUUCGAUGCCAAGCACAGUGGCCGCCUAGAUGAGGUGGAGGUUCUGACCGAAAACUUGAAGGAGCUCAAGCGCACGCUAGCCAAGCAGAAGGAGAAAGACAACUGAUGGAAGCAAGGGCAGUCAUGUACCAGCUGAAUUGGCUGUGCUAAGGCACCCUUACAGCGGGUGAUGAUGGAAAAUGGGGGUUUUAAUGAACGAAGGGGAAGAAUUAGGAUGCACAGGUUGACACCAUUUUGAAUUUUGGGCCCUGCACUUUGAUUACGGUCUUUCCACUACAGUUUAAUGAAGAGGUUAAGAGCACAGCAAUGAAAAACAUGCUAUGGCUGUCUUCCUGGUCUCAGAUUUUUUUUUUUGUCAUUUUUACUUUAAAGGAUUAUCAUUUCAUCAGAAAACAGACAUGUAAUGAAGUGCAAUGCAGCUUUGUAGGAAAGCAGUAGAAAGUAGUUGGGAGCAGGGAUCAAUCUAGCCACUUCUCUUCUGCUGGGCAGUAUUACAGGUCAGUUGUAAAAAAAAAUGGCCUUCCGCCAAUCAAAGACCGCUAUGCAUUCUUCAAACCUGUGUGAGUCUGAAGCUGUUGGAAGGGGAAUAACAAAUGGGUGGAGUUCAUAGUAUCUUCUGUAAAUCAUUAUUUGAGGAUUUUGUCUCAAUGUGGGAUAUUGUGUAGCCCUCACCUAGCCUGUAUCCAGUGCUCUGCCCACUGUUAUGUCUUCUGAACUAGCGUCUGGAUUUUAGGAGGUGCGGACACUCCGGCACAGCCCACAGCCAGGGAGCCGCAUGUGAGGUAGGAUUGAUAGCUAAAUUUAGUACAAACCAAAGUGCGUUUUAGAAAAUAGUAUCUUUGGAGAAAGAAAAUUCAAUUCCUAAUCAUGUCUCUAGAAAGUACAAAAGAACAAAAAGAGCGUUUGCUCAGGUGCAGAUCAUGGAGGAGUUGGGUGGGGGAGGUGCACUCUGUGGCUUUGGGGAGGUGGGGAGGACAGUGCAAUGCUUCCCUAAAGUAUAAGAAAAAGGUUCUUUAAAACAAGUGUUGACUUUAAUAAUGUGGAUGAGAUGUUUUUCUGUAUGUUUUUAGUAGCAAGAGAAUCAAAUGCCUUUGGUUUUUAACUCAACAUGGGAUCAUUGCAAUAACACUAGAAUAUUUUACUCAGCAUGGAAGGAUCACAGAUAGAAAGUGAAGCAUUUAGUUUUACCUCUGGUGAUGUGGCUCUGGGGAUCCUAACUUAUUAAAAUAGCACGGACUUUACAUUUUGCAUAAUCACAGAUGAAGUCUUUCCUACAUCAGAUCUGUUAAUGUGGCAGUUUAAUUCCUACCACAGAUAAUUUAUUAAUGAUGGUGAAAGGGUUUAGACUAACUUAAUUUACGACUUUGCUGAUUCUGAUGGACAUUUGAGCUGUGAAGUCAUGUGUUCCCAGUGGUUUCGCUCCCGAAAAAAAACACAACAUCUGUACCUAACGAAGCUGCUAAAACAACUCCCUAACUGUAGCCACCCCUGCCACGGGGAAAACGGUAAGUGUGGGGAGGAGAACUUUUCUCUGGAGCAGGGUGGGUAAGGAUCUGUUUAGGAACUCAUGAGAUCUUAUUGUCCCUGUGAGGACGAUUUUUAACCUGUAAUUUCAAUUAGAUCAGUUCACUGACUAUCUUUUAAAUUAGUAGUCUCUAAACUUCUAGGAAGAGAUAGGGGUACAAAGACUAUUUUGGAGUCUGCAAAAGCUAAUUAAAUGUACAGAAUAAAACCAAUUCAAUCCCUCAUCUAAACGUAAAAUUCUGAGUACUUCAAGAACCCUACGGUGAAUGGCCAAUGCACAGUAAAAUUUAAUCAGGAUUUAUGAUUCCAAAGAACUGAUCUAACCCUCAAAUUUGGAACCUCUGAAAAUCAAUCAUGCAGGUAUCUUGAACUUUUUCCACAACCCCCUUAUUUCAGACCAGCUGCAGUGUCUUAAAAUGUGGAAAUAUUUCUCUUCGUGGAAGUCUGUUAACAGGUUUGAAGCAAAGCAGUUUCAUUCCCCUAAGUCAGAGUUGUUACUGGAUGCAAUGGGAGGGUGGGUUUUUUUUUUCUCACGUCUGAUGUAAAAAUGGAAAAAAAAUGUAUUGGUAUUUCAGUUUGUCAUCGACUGAGGGGAGACCUCAUUAUAUCAAUUGUAUCUCACUUGUAUUUUCCAGCUUAAUACACUAAACAUACUUACUGUAUGUGUUACAAUGUUACUUCUGCUGUCAAAAUACUAGGUUUAUACUUCAUGAGUAAAAGUCAUCAUGUCCAGUGUAGACCACACACCUUAUUAAGGAGCUGCAUGGAAACACAAACUGUGUACUAAAACACAGAACUGGGCAUCUCAUCCCAAACUGAAUGUGGUGUUUGUUAAAAUCUGCUCAUUUGCAUGUACUACUUCUGACAUCCCUGUACCAAGACAUUUUUAAAAAAAUAAAGUAAUGAAUGCUGA